CUUAAAACAAGAUGGUUCCCUUUCAUUCUUUACAGAGUGGUGCUUGUUGUAUCGAAUUUUCAAAAGUCGUGGAUGUUUUAUGGAAAACAUUCUUUACCAUUGAUAGGUAUCGAACAUAAAACACUAUAAACGUGCAUAUAUUUAUAAAUAAUAAGCAUUAAUAUUGCAAUGCGGCGUCGAAGUGAACGAAAGAAGUCAACUGAUGUCGCGUCUCCGGCCCCGGUUACGGCUACGCCAUCCCGUCGUACUAGUCGGCGGUCUCGUCAAACAUCUGAAACUGCGAGUGAAAAAACCGCACAGCCUGAGUUGUCUCCCCAGGGUGAUGUAGCAGAAAAGUGUAUCCCCAAGACAGAUUGCCCAGAAGAAAACACCAGCGAGGAACCGGCAGUAGAAACUGUUAAGAGCCGUUCACGUAACCGAACACCGGUAAAGGAUCGAAGCAGUCCCGCCAAACGCAAAGCUCAAAACAUUACCAUUGACACAAAAAUUGAUGUUAUUCCUGAAGAAAAUAUCUCAAUAGUGGAAGAUUGUCCGGUUGAAAAUAAACCUGAAAAGGAAGAUAUUCAAAAUGUUGAAGAGGUAUCAAAAACUGAUACAGUUUUAACUGAGGAGUCGGUGUCAUCUAGCCCAAAAACAAAUGUUGUUAUGAUGAAACCAUUAGAUGUUUUGGAAAUACAAGCAGAAGAUAAUGAUGAAGAAAAGUUACAAACACAAGAUUUGUUAAAUAAAAAAGAGAAUGUGGUAGAAGUUCUUGUAGAGUCAGAGAAAAAAGAUGAUGAAAAAACAAUUAAUGAAGAAAUAAAUAAAGGUGUUGAGGAAGAAGUGAAAGAUUCUAAUAAUACUUAUGAAAACGAAAAGGCAGUUGCAUCACCAUCUACAGACGAAAUCACUGUUGCCGAGGAAAAAACGGAUUCAAAUGCAAAUAAACGUAAAUGGAUAACAAAAAGAACUGUACAAAACCGUAGUCCAUUACUCGUAAUUACUACUGAAACAUCGAUUCCUGAAGAUGCGCAUUCUGCGCCAAAACAGAAAAUACGCUCUUCGCCAGAAGUUCAAGAAAUAAUCUCGGAACGAGAAGAAGGUGAAGAGACACCGUCUCCGGAAAGAGAAGUUCACAGAACAAGUACACAGAAUAGUACUGAAAAACCUGUACGUAAUCAAAUAGAAAUAUCUUCUGCGCCAAGAACAGUUAACAAAGUUAAUAUAAAAGUUGAACACCGCUCUCCGAGUCCUAGAAAUAAAAAAACCAGUAAUGUUCUUUUCAUAACAAAUCUUGUGAGACCUUUCACGGUUUUGCAACUGAAAGGUUUGCUAGCACGGACAGGCAAACUUGUUGAAGAUGGAUUUUGGAUAGAUCGUAUUAAAUCAAAAUGCUAUGUACAAUAUGAAACAGAGGAUGAAGCCAUUGAAACGCGACAUGCACUACAUGGAGUGCGUUGGCCAGUUUCAAAUCCGAAAUGCUUAAUAGUUGAUUUUGCAAAAAGAGCUGAUAUGGAUAGGGCUAUUCAAUCUACCAAAGAAGAACAAACCAGUUUUGGUCAAGAAAAUCAUAGAGAUAAUGUUCUCAUUGGUAUGGGUUGGAAUAGGGACAGGAAUGGUGUCGAUGAAAAACGGACAAAGAAGAAUUUCGGGUUAUUAGCGGCUUGUAAUAUAUUUCAGACAUUGAGACCAGUUCGGGAAUGGGAUGUUGGUAAAAAGGAAAGUUUAGAUCGGGAGAAGAGCAGGGAUGUGCUAAAACGGCGUAGCAGAGAGAGGGAAAUCACUUUUGGAAAUCGGGAACCCGAUCGAAAUGGCAAGGAGAGAAGACCACGGUCGAAAGGAAGAGCUGAGGCGAGAAGUAGUAGCCGGUCACCAGCACGAAAAGUGAAGAAAAAGGAAAAUGAUCCACCUCUAAGGCUUCUAGAUGACCUAUUUCGUAAAACUAAAAGUACGCCAUGUAUAUACUGGCUACCUUUAACACCCGAACAAAUUGCUGAAAAAGAGGCAUUCCGACAGAAACGACUUGAAGAACAUAAGCAGCGUAUUAAGCAAAGAGAAUUGGAAAAGGGAAAAGAAAGAGAGAAAGAACGGAAUCGAAUCAAUGAACGCAGGGAUCGUGAAAAAGAAAGGGAUCAAAGACGCAAUAGGUCCAGUGAUCGCCGUUCUCGUAGUCGCGAUCGACGCCGUUACUAAAAAGUAUUGGUAUUGUAUAACCAAAUUAUCAUUAGGACGUCGUUGCAUUUGAAAUUUAUUACUUUUCAACACAUGCAAAAAACAAUGCAUGUUGCACGAAAACGGAAAAUAAAUUUCAUUUAGCAUCGUUCUUAAAUUUAAAAAAAAUGGCAAGUAUUUCUAGCAAACCGAUAGAAAUCGUUUCCGGAUGCCCUAAGCCUUUGGCGAAGAUAUUUAUGUUAUUUCACAUACUAAAUUAAUUCGAAGAAUUUAAAAUCAUAAAGUAAUCAUCGCCAAAGUAAUUCUCAAAAGCCCAUCUAUUUUUUUUAGAUAAAAGAUAUCAUUUCUUUUUUCUCUUUCAAUUAUUAUAUUGGAACAUUUCGUUAUUUUCAAGCAGUUUAACAAGAAUACUUAUAAUUUAUUUUGUUUUCGUUAUGUGGUGGAAAAAUCAUAUUUCUUAUACCUGUAAAAAUUUAGAUGGGGUAUUCAAUUUUGUUGCAAUCACUACACAACAAGUCCCUAGGAAACGAUCCGAUUUCAAAAAAAAAAAAAACAAUUUGAAACAAUUGAAUAUCCGUUAUAAAUCUUUCUGGGGAAAACUCUUUCAAGCGGAGAGGAGCAACAACCCGGUUGAAAUCAAUAAGUGUACUCAGCGCUCGGACUCUAUUUCAACAGUAAAACAGUAAAUUGACACUAAGUCACAAGUUCUUAAUACAACCGAUUCAAUGAUAAUAUUUAAAUAAAAGGCGAUAAGUUCCCUCAA